GUGGUACGCCUCUGCAAAAUUCUUCCAUACUUUCAAUUUAUGAAAAACGCGAGUUCAUGUUAACUUCAAACCCUAACCCUAGGGCAAAAAGAAACACGUUUGGUAUCAGUAUAAACCUUGAGCAAGAAUACUUAGGAGGGCUACAAUGUUUUUUUUAAUUUGAAUCCCCGGAGCAAAUUCAAUAUCUCUAAUAACUGUACAAAGAAAAUACAGUUUGUAUUUAGAUAAACCCUAAACCCCAAUGCCUUGAAUGGUGAUCGUAGAAAAGGCGAUAGAAUUUGUAUUUGUAUAAAUCUUUACAUCCAGGGGAACCCUAGGGAAAAUACAUUGUCUUGAUUAUUAUUUUAGCUUGGAUGGAUGUUGGCGAAGUUGGGUGUAAGUCCUGGAUGAAUUUGAUAGCAUGGUGCGUCCUUUGCUGAAGGACAGCUGAGUGGCAUUCUGUCCACCCCCUUCUUCUGAAUAAAGGCAUUUGGUAUCAUUUAAUCUGCUAUCAAAUUUGAGGGAGUCUGUUUCGAUAUGAAAAGUCGAGAAAGUUUGAAAAUAAAGCCUUUGAUGAAAUAUGAUAUUCACAUAUAUGAGAAGUCCUGAACUGUCAAUUCUGUAGUGGUAUCAAGGAAGGCGAUACAACAAUUUUAAUUUUCUGUACUCUAUGCAAAUGUCUAUGCUGCUGCUGCACUGUCAAUGUUGUAAUGGCAUUAAAGAAGGUGAUGCAAAUCUUUUCGUUUGCAAUUCAAAACGUGAAUGUUUCUGCUGCUUCAGCUGCAGCAGAUUGCAAAUACAUUCUUAAUUCUGUAACUAUCGUCAGUGAUGAAUAUGUGAGGAAUCCAUUGAUGCAUGAUACUUGGCAUUGCCAGAAACGAUUUAUGAAAAGCCGAAGGGUGCGGGAUAGGAGUAAGAAAAAGAAAGAAGCUGCUUUUGAGAAGGUGAUGAAAAGACAAGGACCACUUUCAAGGGUAUUAAUGCUUAUGGAGAUUUUGAAGUGUGAGCCAGAGCAAGUCAUGACAUUGAAUAACCUUGCAUUUUAUAGACGUCGCCUUAAUAUCACUAGCAGUGACAGGAUUCCUUUGUUUUUAAGAAGAUAUCCCAAGAUAUUCGAGUUAUACACUGACAGACGUGGGGCUACAUGGUGUGGGUUUACUGCAGAAGCUGAGUCAUUACUUGAGGAAGAAAGGAGGCUCAAGAAAGAGUAUGAAAGCACAGCAGUUAAUUACAUUAGAAGGUUCUUGAUGAUGUCUGUGGAUAAAACCCUACCAAUUGAUAAGUUAGUCCAUUUUAAGCGGGACUUUGGUCUACCAGAUGAUUUUAGGAAUGAUUGGAUUUAUGAGUUUCCAAAUUUUUUCAGAGUGGUUAAGAAAGAUGACAAUGUCCUGUACCUGAAGCUUACAUCAUGGGAUCCUGCCUUGGCUUUCACAGAGUUGGAGAGGAAAUUAAAUGAAAAUACAGAGGAGCUUGAUGUUCAUAGAAAAGGAAAUUUAUCUCCAGGUUUGUUGACCGUACCCUUUCCACUCAGGUGGCCCUCACAUUACCCAAGGCGUAAGAUACCUGAUACAACAAUCCAGAUUUUCCAGGAAUUGCCAUAUUUAUCUCCUUACGCAGAUCCUAGUGACUUGGUCCCUGGAUCCAAAGAGUUUGAAAAGCGAGCUGUUGCUGUUUUGCAUGAGAUUCUAAGUUUUACUUUAGAGAAGAGGUUGAUUGCAGACCAUCUUACACAUUUUCAUAAGGAGUUUAGGUUGCCUCAGAAGUUAAUGAGACUUCUUCUUCGGUAUUUUGGAAUCUUCUAUGUCUCAGAGAAGGGGAAGAGAUUUCAUGUGUUUUUGACAACUGCAUAUAAAGGUUCUGAACUUAUCGAGAAGAGUCCACUUGUACUAUGGAAGGAGAAGGUUGAAAAGCUAAUGGGUGAGAGGAGGAGGCAGAGAGUUAAAGUAGCUUAUAUUAAUAUGGAUGAUGAUGAAGCUACAAACGGUGCUGAGCUUGAUCUUGGAAGUGAUUAUGACAAGGAAGAGACCGUUUACAUGGGAAAAUGCUCAGGUGGCUGUGUCAAUGUCAAGGAGGAGGAUGGAAAUUUAGCAGUUGAUACAGAAGACAUCAUUGAGAAACAAACAAUAACAGUGGAUGAUAAAAUGGACGUACAGGAAAUUAUCAGAGCCUAUGAAAGAUGAGCAUUCCUUCUUCUUUGACUUUUGCAUGCUACAUUUGUGCCUUCCCAAAUUUAUUAUGUUUUUCAGCUAUAGAGAUGUGUAACUGGAGCUGGUUGGAUGACUAUGCUUUUCUAUUUCUCAAAAGUUGUCUACAUUCACAUAGUUUGAUUCAAUGUAUACUUCUUUAUCUGUA